GACGUCGCUACACGGAAGCAAAACAGCCUGUCUAGUCCUCACGUUGUUUCUGUCGGUUGAAUUGUUCUGAAUACAUUUGAUUUUUCCUAUAUAUCAUUCAUAUACAUAUUCAAACAAACGCAGAUGUCUGCUCCGCCAGCAGAGGAGCUGGUCAAACAGUGGGAGAGUGAGCAGGCUCGUCUGAGACAGCAGGUGGUGGAGGAGGACACUGAAGACUGGCAGAAGACUCCAGGCUUCUCUGGCCUGGAGAGAGUCGGUGGAGUGGACCUCUCCUUCAUCAAAGGGGAUGACGUCAAUGCCUGCGCCCAGCUUGUAGUGCUCAGCUACCCCGACCUGGAGGUGAGCCGUUCCCUCGCUACACCCAAUGAUCACAGGGGAACAGCAGCAGUGUCGGUGCUGUAUGAGGACAGUCAGAUGGUGACUCUGACAGCCCCCUACAUAGCUGGUUUCCUGGCCUUCAGAGAAACCCCCUUCCUCCUGGAGGCUCUGCAGCGGCUGCAGAGGAAGCAGCCCACACUUCUCCCUCAGGUGGUGUUUGUGGAUGGGAACGGUCUCUUCCACUACAGAGAGUUCGGCCUGGCGUGUCAUCUGGGAGUGCUAUCAGGGUUGCCGUGUGUGGGCGUGGCCAAGAACCUGCUGCAGGUGCAGGGGGUGAACAAGGAUGAGGAGCACCAGUCGCAGAUCGCUGCUCUGCAGAAAGGAGGAGACAGCUUCCCACUCACUGCUGCCUCAGGCAAAGUGCUCGGAAAGGCGCUGCGUAGCUCUGAUAAGAGCUCCAAGCCAGUUUACGUGUCCGUGGGCCACAAGAUCAGCCUGGACACAGCUGUACGCCUCACACACGCCUGCUGCCGCUACCGGGUCCCCGAGCCCAUCAGACAGGCCGACUGUCGCUCCAGAGAAUACCUACGCAUACACUUCUCACCUGCAGACACAGAAAUCAAAGAAUGAGGACUACAGUCUUUUGCAGUGUGUACCAGGUGGUCGCCCCAGACUGACCCAGUCCGUGAAGUAAACAGCUCUGAUGCCAACUCUGCUUCUAAGGGACGACAAAUAAAACAUGUUAAGGUGACUCAGGGGCACAAAGCUUUAAUGAUAUUUUUUUGUCCUCUCGGUCUGUCCCCAGCCCUCUGUUCUUUCUCUCUUGUUUUUUCGCUCUCAUGCAGACACACUAAGUGAAUUCAGGAAAUAAAUUGUGAAAUAUGAUAUGAGAGAUUCCUUCUAUCUUCUAGUGCAUUCACACUGACCUUUGCAUUUUUCGUUUGUUUUUUACUACUAAAGAAUAACGUUAUUUACUGAGUUCUGGGAACAAGACAACAGAAUAAAAGCAACACAAAGUUCUGGUUAGCCAGAAUCACUUGGAAACAAAAGGCAUGUAUAAAUGUGUGUGUGUUUGUGUGUGUGUGUGUGUGUGUGUGUGUGUGUGUGUGUGUGUGUGUGUGUGUGUGUGUGUGUGUGUGUGUGUGUGUGUGUGUGUGUGUGUGUGUGUGUGUGUGUGUGUGUGUGUGUGUGUGUGUGUGUGUGUGUGUGAGAGAGAGAGAGAGAGAGAGUUUGGUCACCUGUCUGUUUUCUGCAUGCAGCAAGAAACACAGAACAAUACUGCUUUAAACAAGAUUCUAAACAAAGACAAGUUGGACAGGGUGUUAGAUGCGUUUUCGCCCUCUCCUCCUCAUCCUCCCUCAUCUUCCACUGUUCAAUAGUUGUUGAAAUUAAGGCUACGUUUAUGAUUGAGACAUUCUCCUCCACUUUACAGCCCCCCAGAGUGUUUCUUCUAUUUUUGUCCAUUUUACUCGUGUUGGUCCUUGUUUCACCAACCCCACCUAUUGUUUCCUCACUCGUUAUGGUUUUACUGGCUAAGCUCCACAGCGAUUUAUGUGUUUAUACUGUAUCUGUAUCUAUAUUUGUGUGUUUAUGCAAUGAUAGAUAGGAGGGAUGAGAUAAAUUGCGAAAAAAGUUCAGAAAGUGUUAUUGUGCAGGGGCUUGUGCGUGUGUGUGUGUGUGUGUGUGUGUGUGUGUGUGUGUGUGUGUGUGUGUGUGUGUGUGUGU